UCAACACAUGGGCGUUUGACUCUCGCGUUUUCAACUAUUAGUAUUAACAUUAUAGUUUACUUCAUUUCGUUCAGAUUCAUUUCACCAUCACACAGUAUGAAAGUUAAAGUACUGUCCAGGAAUCCGGACAAUUAUGUCCGCGAGACUAAAUAUGAUAUACAACGCGUCCCCAGAAACUACGAUCCAAUCCUCCAUCCAUUUGAGGUGCCCAGAGAGUACACCCGGGCUCUGAAUGCUACUAAACUGGACAGGGUGUUUUCCAAGCCUUUCCUGGCCUCCCUGGAUGGCCAUAGAGACGGAGUCAACUGCAUGGCUUCGCACACCAAGAGUCUGUCCACCCUGCUCUCUGGCUCUUGUGAUGGCGAGGUGAAAGUAUGGAAUCUAUCCAAACGUGAAUGUGUCCGAACACUACAAGCACAUGAAGGUUUUGUCCGGGGAAUGGUUGUCCGCUUUUGUGGCACUUCCUUUUUUACGGUUGGUGAUGACAGAACAAUCAAACAGUGGAAAUUGGAGGCACCAGGCUACGGUGAGGAAGAGGAACCAGUCAGCACUAUUUUGGGCAAGUCGGUAUUCACAGGGAUAGACCAUCACCACAAAGAAGGUGUAUUGGCAACAUGUGGCCAACAGGUGGACAUCUGGGAUGAGCAGAGGAGCAGUCCUAUCCGCUCCUUCUCUUGGGGUGUUGACAGUUUCAGCUCUGUGCGCUUUAACCCUGUAGAGGUUGAAAUUCUUGGAAGCUGUGCGUCAGACAGAAGUAUAGUAUUGUAUGACAUGAGAGAAGCCACACCACUCAAGAAGAUGAUUAUGAGUUUCAAAAGUAACACGUUAUGUUGGAACCCCAUGGAAGCGUUUUACUUCACAUGUUCAAAUGAGGAUUACAAUUUAUACACAUUUGACAUGAGGUACCUGGAUAAGCCCGUCAUGGUGCACAUGGACCAUGUUUCCGCAGUACUUGAUAUUGAUUACUCCCCAACUGGGAGGGAGUUUGUCUCAGCCAGUUUUGAUAAGUCCAUCCGCAUCUUCCCCAAGGGCAGUGGCCACAGCAGGGAAGUGUACCACACCAAACGCAUGCAGCACGUCAUAUGUGUCAAGUGGUCAGCAGACAACAAAUACAUUCUGAGUGGUUCUGAUGAAAUGAACAUCCGGUUGUGGAAAGCUAAUGCAUCUGAGAAACUGGGAGUGUUGUCUCCCAGAGAGAAGACGGCAGUCAACUACAACCAGAAGCUGAUGGAGAAGUUCAAGCAUCACCCUCAGAUCCGACGCAUCGCACAACACCGCCACCUGCCCAAGGCCAUCUUCAGCCAGACCAAGGAGCUGCGCGUCAUGAAAGAGGCUCGCCGCAGGAAAGAAAAGAACGUACGCAAGCACAGCAAACCAGGAACUGUUCCAGUGGUGUCAGAGAAGGAGAAGCACGUUUUGACAGUGGUGAAAUAGACCUAGGUGGAGAAGAUUGCGUAGGGGCCAGAUGGUGUCAUCAAGAGAUGAGGCAGAGCCAGAGAUCACAUCCGCCUGCGGCCAUAUUGACAGAGCUGUCACUCAAAAAUGUAGCACACUUUCUGGUGAAUACGUUUGUUUUUUGGGGGGGGGGGGCACAUUUCCAUUUUCAUAUGGCUCAUUUUUAGAGGAAGCUGAAUCUUAAUAUACAACAAGAGAGGGACUGGACUCCUACUGUAGGACUCGCACAUCAUGUGCUUCACAGUGUUAAAGGGACACGGCAUGGUUUGAUCUACACACACAAAGACAAGUAUGUACAAAUACCACUGUGAGAAGAUUGUACAUUUGACUCCUUUGGCAUUAACAACAUAUCUUGAUGUGAUCAUUAUUGACAGAUUUUAAUUUUGAAAGCUAUAUUACAUUUUACAUUACAUUUGUCAUAUUACAUUUGACAUGUAUGUCAGGUGAAUCGGCCGUACUCCCUGUCUCCCUGCCUGCCGCCCAAUGACUAGUGGUAUAGGUUCCAGCAUCUCUGCAACCUUGAGUAUGGAUAAGCUGUUUGGAUAAUGAACGAAUGAAUAUUACGUUUUUCUGAUGUGGUUUUGCAAAAUUUAACUCACAAAUAAACUGCUAUCUUUCUGAGGCUAUAAGCCAACUUGGCCCAAUUUUACAGUCUACCUGCAGCAAUGCUGUUUAUCAACUGAAAUGUCAAACCACCAUUGUUGCUGCAUCUCAUGAGCUAACUUCUUAUGGUUUUGUUAAAUAUCAAAACUCCCCAAAUUAUACCAGAACAUGGGCAGUUUGCUGGGGCUACCAAUAAUAAUGACUAUAGUCAUUUUUUUUUUCAAGCAUUGCAAACAGUCAUCUGGUCUGACAGUGAUACAUACUACAUCUGUUAGCAAUUGUCAAGGUUAGUUUGCCUAUGUACUUGUGUAUUUAUGAAUAAACUUCC